AUGUCAAGAAAUCUCAAUAACAAUUCAGUUAACAAUGCUUUUGGUGAAGAACCUUUUGUGGGAAGCCCACCAAGAAAUACCAAUGAUAUAAGGACAAUAAUGUUGCAACACUUACAAGGAACAGUGAGCAAUCAAAGACCACUAGCACCAAAGAGAGCUUGGUUGAAUCUUGAAGGUGAUUCGUUGGGUAGAACUCAUAACAUCUAUGAUGUGUACGAGAAACUUGAUACUAUAAAUGGUGUCUUAAACACUGUUUUGAAGAACACAUCUUCUGAGAAAGCCAAAGCCACUGCUAGUAAUGCAGUUGAGCAAGACAUGUCAUCUGGACGUCAACCAACAUUGGAUCAAUUGUUGCACGAUUAUUUGAGUGAAGAGAAAUUGUAUGACCAAUACAAUACCAAUGAAAAUAAAAACAGUGAGGGAAACAGACUCGUUCUGAAGUCUGUUACUGAUUACCUUCAUCGUCAAGAAGAGGGGAAAAAGGUGGACUUGCCAACUCUUCGAACUAAGAUUGUGCAGCACAUUGGCAACAGAAAGUUGCAAGAAAAAAAAACAGGAGAAAAGAAGCAGGAAAAGAAUCGAUGGGCCUGUCUUUGUCCGCAACGUGUAAAAUUGUGUGAAAGAAGACAAUCUGCCUUGAAAGCCAAUCGGGCACACUUUGUGAACAGCUUUGGAGAGAAUGUUGACAGUAUUCUCCAUGCUGAUUACAUGUCAGACCUUGAGAGUGAUGACAAAAGAGAAGAAGAGGAACAGGAUUCGUGUGGUGAUCCAGACACUCGGAUGUUGGAUUUAUCACAUAUAAGAACAUAUUCAUAUUGGGAUAGCGUAGUAGCUAUCAUCUUGGAGAUAGGUUCGUUGAUGAACUUGAUGUGGAUUAUGAGGCAGCUUGUUGUAUCCAACAUAAUCGUAGAUUUAAAUUAA